AGAAAAAAAAGAAAGAUGGAAUAAACAAAGUCGCGCUUUUAGUUAAUUUCAGCUUCAUUUUGAUCUUGCUAUAUUUUAUUUCUCUUUAAUCGUAUUAUUAGUUUAUUGAUUAAUGUGAAAUCCGUAAAGUUUGUGAAUAUUCGUUAUGUAUUACGCGGAAAAAAGAAUAAAACUUUCGGAGAAGCAAACAAACAAUUUUUCCGAAGAUAUUUCCGCCACAGCUACCUCAAUUGAUCAUGGAAUAGGAAGUGAUUAUAGUACUUCAGUAGAUCUUACAAAUAACACAUCAGAAUUUUCACUUCCACCAGUGAAAAGAAAGAAGUCUUUUGAUGCUAACAACCAUGCUAGUCUCAAUAAGGUGAAGAAUUUUUCUGAGCUAAAAGAUUUACAACAAACAUCAUUAGGCUACUCAUCUUGGCUACAUUCUUCUACUUCCUCUUCACCACGGAAAUCGGGUAGCCGUACACCUAAGAAGAGAAAACUUGAGGAAAGUGAUGAAAAUGCAUUUGAUAGUUCGUACCAAUUCGCUUCACCAUUGAAGAAAAUUGCCAAAAAAGAAAGCUCAAAACUAAUACUCAAAGAAAAGAGUUCAAGUGAGAAUGUUAUUUUAUCAUCAACACCAAUUCGAGCAAAUAACAAAACUGAGCGUUGGAGCAAAUUUCGCAGUUUUCAUCCUGAAAAGUUUAAAGUCGAACGAGGCUUGACACUCACCAAUAUUCCAAACUUGCCAAACUCGAUUGAGGAAUCUUUUGAUUGUGCAAAUAGUCUUGACUUUACAAACAGCUUUAAUCUAACCAGUACAGACACUCAUGAUAAUGUCCCAAGCAAUAUCGAACAAUUAUGGAAGAAUCCAUUGAACAAAGACGCAACUGAAAAGGAUUUUGUCCACUCCGAACUUGUUUCUGGACAUUUUGAAUCUCUGGAAGAAGAAUGUGAUGAUUCUAAAUUGAAUUUCGAGUCAGUAACCACUCCAGAAAAAUCGAAUAAUGAAGAAAAAUCUUUUCGAAAGACUUCACCACCAACUAAGCGUACAAAAUAUUUUUGCGGCAGAUCUGCUUUCAAUAUUCUUGGAAUGCUCCAUGAUGAGAAGAAUUUGGCACUUCCAAAGAUCUUGAAUUGUUUGAAUGACACAGAUUUGCUUAGUCUCUCUCAUGUAUCACAAAACUUUCGCAUGAUGAUCACAACAAACAAAGUUCUCGAAGAAAGACGACAAAACUACCUCAAAUUAUAUCAAAAAGACCGCGAAAAUAAAUAUCCAACGGUUGAUGUUAAAACAACCAAACCACGGACAACGAAAGAUAAAAAGAAAGUUCUUGCUGAAUGUAAUGUCAACCAUUCAAUGCAAUUACGUUCAAAAGUUGUUUCCCCACCAGUUAGUCCAUCACGUCGACGCUUCUAUGAGAAUCAAAAGAUCGCUCUUAGAAGUUCCGGUCCACUUAAGAAAUGUCCAAUAUGCUCGAAGCCUGCGAUUAUUAUGAAAGUUCGCAGCUCACCUCGUAAGAAGAAGAAGACAAAUCUGUUUAAAAUUGCUUACACUAACUCAGGGCGAACGAGGAAGAAAUCUGCUUCAUUCCUUUCCAAAGCCAGUAUUGAUUCUCAAAGCACAAAUGAACAAUUUUACGUAACAUUCCAUCAGUUUGACGAUCGCAGUGCCACCACAUCGUCAAGUGAUACUCCUGGACCAUCAAGCUCGGAUGACUCAAGUGGAAGUGAAAUUACAGCCAGUGAAGAACUUCAUGAAUAUGCUGAAUGUAGCGGCGUUUCAUGUCACUUCAAAUUCUGCGUCAGAUGUAAUUGCAAAUAUCAUCGUGGACAUCCGUGUAAGGAUUUGUCACCACCAUCACCACCUCGUGGGUUGCUUGCAAAAACCACCGUCGUUGGGUCAAGAAAAAGCUUGAAGAGUCUCAAGAGAUUAAUUUACUGAUUUUUUUUCUUCUCAUAUAUUUUUUUCUUUGUAAUUUAAGAUUAAUGGUGAUCCGACUCAGGACUCCAGAUCUGAUUUUCUUGUUUUGCUUUUCGUUUCCUUUUUUAAAGUUUGAUAACAAACAAAAAAUUUCCGACACUUAAUUUUGGCAUUUUUAUUUUCUUUCUCCUUAAAUGAACAACCAGGUGAGUGAUUAUGAUAAAAGACAUUAGAGACAAUAAGAAAUAAGAAUGGAUAAAUAAUUAGUUAGUUCUUAAUAACUUUUUAUUGUUACUUAAAAUACUUAAGAACAAAAAAUGAAUAAAAUUUUACUUUUAAUUAGUGUGAA